AUGGAGAUAAUAAGCAGGGGGAAACACCGAAUUCCCCCGCUGCGUCAUGCCCCGCACCGGUUUAAGCGAUCGUCAAUAAAUACGAAUGUCCCCCUGUUCAUAUCUAUCUAUCUAUCUAUCUAUCUAUAUCUAUCUAUCUCAAUCUGUUCAUAUCUAUCUAUCCCAAUCUGUUCAUAUCGAUCUAUCUCAGUCUGUUCAUAUCUAUCUAUCUCAAUGUGUUCAUAUCUAUCUAUCUAUCUAUCUAUCUAUCUAUCUAUCUAUCUAUCUAUCUAUCUAUUUCAAUCUGUUCAUAUCUAUCUAUCUAUCUAUCUAUCUAUCUAUCCCAAUCUGUUCAUAUCUGUCUAUCUCAGUCUGUUCAUAUCUAUCUAUCUCAAUGUGUUCAUAUCUAUCUGUUCAUAUCUAUCUAUCUAUCUAUCUAUCUAUCUAUCUAUCUUUUCAUAUUUAUCUAUUUCAAUCUGUUCAUAUCUAUCUAUUUCACUAUCUCAAUGUGUUAAUAUCUAUCUAUCUGUUCAUAUCUAUCUAUCUAUCUAUCUAUCUAUCUAUCUAUCUAUCUAUCUAUCUAUUUCAAUCUGUUCAUAUCUAUCUCAGUCUGUUCAUAUCUAUCUAUCUCAAUCUACCCAUAUCUAUCUCAAUGUGUUCAUAUCUAUCUCAAUUCUUUUUUCUUUUUUCUUUUUUUUUUUUCUGUUUUUCUUUUGUUCUCUUGUUCGUUUCUUUUCCUCAUCUUCUCGUUUUUUUUCUUUUUUUCUUUUUUCUUUUUUUCCUUUUGUCCUCUUGUUCUUCUCUUUUCCUCGUCUUCCCGUUCUUUUUCUUUUUUCGUUUUUUCUUUUCUUCUUUUUUCAUCUCUUUUCCCCGUCUUCUAAUUGUUUUCUUUUUUUUCCUUUUGUCCUCUUGUUCUUCUCUUUUUCCCGUUUUCGCAUUCUUCUUCUUUUUCUUCAUACACUGACACCCUUUCUUUACAACUACUGCUAUAAUCGUUUUCUUUUUCGUCUUUUUUAUUCUUUUUCGUCGUUUUUAUUCUUUUCCUUUCUUUUUUGUCUGGCAUCUCCCCCCGCCACCGCUCUUUUCGCCUAUUUUCACCAGGAUUCUCCACUUUUUAUUUCCUUCCAUAUUUUCCUUCAAUAUACUCAACUAUAUCGUCUUUUUUUUUCAAUUUUUACCCCAGCUUGUGUAUAA